AUGCAAUUGUAAAACUAAUUCAAGAAUUUAGAUAUAUAUGCACUAUUCACUUUAGUAUCUUUAUCAUGUCCUGAAAUUAUUUAAAGAGAUACAUUCAAUAUAAAUAAUGUAUACAAAAUUAUUGUGAAUUAUUCAAAUGCAGUAAAACUAUUUAAAGUAAAUAAUAUAAUUGAUUAUUAGGAACUCAGUGGAUAUGAUCAUCAUAAAAUUUGGAUUGAUGGUAAAUAAUUAUAAGCAAGUAGACUUGUGGAAGAAGACAAAACAUUUUAAAGUGGUUCAAUAUUAUAUUCAAAUUAUCUUUAUAUUUCAUCGUAUUAUCAAAAAUACAAUUCAUUUAAGUAAAUUCCUUUUUUUAUUUGAAGAUCAAAUUUCCCCCCUAAUUUCUAGUAGACUCAAGGAUAGCACUUAUUUUUAAAUCAAAUUAACUCCAAAAAUUGUUAAUCUCAUGAUUAAGAAUACAUAAUUUAAGUUCUUUUUAAAUUGA